CAUUGUUUUGUUCUCCAUGAAAGGACAUUCCUAGAUUUUCAUUUCCCAUAUUUGGGUGAUUCUAAAAGAUUGUGUUCAGUAAAUAGUCAAUACACAUUGCUUGCUUUUAUACAUCGAUAAAAAAAAUAUAUGCGAGAACGACAUGAAUACUUAUUUGUCGAUCGCUUAAUAAGAGUAAAGACAAUAUAUCGAAGUUAUUGUUGUUAAAGUCUAACAUAACUACUUAAUUAACACAAUGAUAUAGUGUUUCAAAUAGCCUUAUCUAUCGAAAAAAAAAUUAGUAGAAAAAUGAAUGUAUGCCGAAAAAAACUAUAAUUUAGUGAUGUCAAGGCAACAAUGUAACUCUAGACUAUUAAUAGUUCGAGCCUCCGUAUCUCUGUUUCUUUCAGGUAUACAUAAUUUGACAUUAACUGAUCAGUUAGAGCAAUUCUUCUUCUUGGCUUGCUUCAAGAAAGGAGACUAGAGAGCCUCCCUCAAGAAAGUCAAUCCCAGUCAAGUCAACAUAGCCAGCUAUAUCAAAUUCAGAUUAAUUGGUUGGGAACCAAAUAGAGAAUUCUCUUAAUCCUCACCUAAAUACAUUUAAUUACACUUCAGGAACAAUUAACAAAAGGGAAACCUUCGUUUUAGUUUCCUGUUAAUUCCAAGCAAGAUCUUUAGAGUUUUGGUUUAACUUGUUUUGGUUGUCCUGUUGCUUCGAUUUGGUGGCUAGGGGGAGUGGUUUGGCUUUUUAGUUUUUUGCUUUUCUCAGUAUUUCUAAACACAAACAACAAGAAACCAAAUUCUUUUCCUUGCACAUUAAGACCAUAUUAUGGGUAGUUAAAUCGAGUUACGAAAUGUUCACGUAGCUCGUUGAUUAGGUGUUUUACAAUGUAUUAUCGUUGAAUAAUAAUUAUGUUAUUGCUUGCAUAUUAUAAUUGUAAAUCGUUAUACUGGUUGAUUCAACGAUAUAUAAAUUUGUUAACCGAAUUAGAUGCCGCAUAAUUAUACAGGUUAAGACUCCCUCUUAAUGAAAAAAAUAAAAUUGUUUCCUUUGUGAAGAAUUUCCUGGAAACCAAACAGGAUUUUCCCUGAAGAGAGAGAAACAGAGGAAGGCUGUAAUUAAUAUUCUCCUUUUUUUGAUCUUGUGCAAGAUAGAGAGAUAGAUUUACACAUAUCUUAUCUCCGAAAAACCCACCAACAAAAAGAGAAAGAAAAAUUUUAUUAUAAUUUUUUUUUGUUUGCUUUGUCCUUUCUCUCUCUCUCUCUUUCUUACUCUUUCCUCUCUCAAUCUGUUUUUUCUUUGCUUUGCUUUUCCUACCGGGAAAAAGGUUCCUUUUCGUUCCGCUCCUGACAACCAAGCAGAAACCGAACCCCAAAAAUAAACCUCUCACGUUUUUACUCGUCAGGCUGAACUCCUCCCCAUUUGAUUCUGUCCUCCAUUGUUGAACAAAAAAAAAAAAAGCUCUGGGCUUCUUUCUUCCUUCCCCAAUUCGGAGAGGUUUUGGGUGGGAGGGCUGUGAAAUUUUUACUUUUGGUGAUUACCCUGAAUGAAUUUCGACUAUUGGAUUUCUGGGUAGUAGAGAAAUCUAGUUGAGGAAUAAAGGGUUGAUCGGAAUUUUUUUUUUUUUUUUGUGGGGUUGAGAUUGAUCGGUGGUGGGUUGGUAGUCGGAGGAUGAAACCGGGGACGGUGGAUUACUGGCGGGACUAUUUCCGAGCAGCGAAUUCAGACAUCUUCGAAAUAAUCGAUCAUGCUAUCAUGGUGGCGGCCACCGAUUGCCCCAAGGAGUUCCGGCAGCGGAGGGAUCGAAUAGCUGAGCGGCUGUUCUCCUGCCGAUUGGCCCAAUGCUCCGGCUGCAACCGCGUGGAGCUGGCGGUGCCGCCGCCGGACGGUGACCAAGCAAUCCCCAAUAAGAUUAGGGACGACGGUGGCGGCAGCAGUGAUGGGAACGGCGGCGAGGAGGAAGAUGAUGACGAAGAGAUUGACAUAUUGGGCGACUUCGAUGAAGAAGAAGGCGGUGGGAGUAAUAAAGAGAGUAAAGUCAAUAGUAGUACUGAUAAUGGAGAUCAGCUGGUGAGCAAUUACAGCUACGGCGAAGCUGAAGCUUUAACGGAUGAGAUUGAAGAGCAGUCUCAGGUGUUUGCUGAAGUUCAAAGGAUCAAAACCGUUCUUCUCAAUCACCGAGACGAGGCUGAAUCAACGUUGUUUGAUUCACUGAGGAGGCUUCAAUUGAUGGCUUUGUCUGUAGAUACUCUUAAGGCAACUGAGAUUGGGAAGGCUGUGAAUUCUCUGAGGAAGCACGGAUCGAAGGACAUUCGUCAGCUGGCGCGAACUCUUAUCGAUUUGUGGAAAGACUUGGUGGAUGAGUGGUAUAGUGCUUCAAAGACUACUGGAACUACUACUAUUAGGAAUGAAGGUGGCACUCCUGACUCGAUGAAUCCGUCAGUUGUUGAUGAAGAAGAAGGACUCCCUUCUCCUCCUAUGGAUGAUGGGAUCUUCUUCGCAACUCAAGCUACUGGGAUGGAGCUUGCACAAUUUUUCGACGGAAUGGAUGAUGAUGGAAAUCCUCGGGAAAUGAACAAGAACAGGGGGAAUGGAAGAAGACCACCAUCACAUGAUCCCAGGAGCAUGCCAAAGCCGAGGCCAACGAGUAAUGGUAUGAAGAGCCAAGAAGCAGCAGCCACACUGAAGCAGAACAAGCCCUCCAGCAACAAUUCCGGCCCAGGAAGACCUCCAAGGCAGAACCUUGAGCCAAAGUUGAACACUAAUAAUUCGUCGACAUUGCAGAGGAAAACUGAGAAGAUUGUUGCUAGUCAGAGGAAGCCCUUGAGUGGCCAACAACAGCAACAAACCAGAUUGAAGUGCUCGGAUGAAGUUUCAGUCCAGAUGAAACUGGAAGCCACAAAGAGGAGACUUCAGGAGAGCUACCAACAAGUUGAGAAUGCCAAAAGACAGCGGACGAUACAGGUUAUGGAGCUACACGAUCUCCCAAAGCAAGGGGUUGUGGCGUCCAAUCGAAACCCAAACAUGAGACAUGGUGGGAAUGGCAACCGGCAGUGGGCUAAUGGACGACGUUGAGUUUUAGCUCAAAUCACAAUUUGUGAUGUAUACUACAUUCCCUUCUAACUUCCUUCCGAACCCGGAAAACUUGGAGUGAAGAAGAACAAGAAGAGCACCAAUAACUCGAAUCGUGCUUCAGCAAAUAAGAGUACAUUCUUGAGGUUGUUGGUUUCCAAACGAAAUGGAGCUCGCGAGCAGCAUGGGUUUUCAGUCAUCUUGAAACAGUCCUGUGUAUGUUAUCCAGAUUCUGGAGAGGAGCUGCCUGCCUGCAUUCACAAACCUUCAGUCAACAAUGGCAAAAGUAACAGAGAGAAACAAUCCUUUUUCACUUUUUCAUUUGAAGGCUCUUUGCUUUUGUUGUUUAACCCGAUCUUUCAUAGCUCACACAAAAACUGACAGAAACCAUUGGGAGAACAAGUGUAGAUGAUGUAUUUGAAGUUGGAACAAAGGGAAGAGCCCUCUUGAUUCAUGUCUUGUUGACCACCAAAUUCAAUUUGGGGAAUUGCUUGAUGUCGAUAGUUUCUAUCAUCAAUUGACAAUUGUUUGAGAUACAUCUGUAUUAGAAAGGAGCAAUGUUGGGUCGAGGGAUUAGUGAUAUGGGUUAAUGAGUGGUGUUAAUUAACUAACUAAACUUAAUCAGUAGUCCAUCUUUUAGUAAUGUCAGUAACCAACAUAUAACUUGCGUAGAAAUGCUAUUGUAACGGUUUUACUAACAACAAGAGAGAUUCACAAACGUUCAAAGUUUAAUCUCAGGAAAAAAAAGUUGGUUUCUUCUUCAUACACUUAGGUGAAUUUUGUUUAUACUCUAACAGGGAUUGAUAAGAUUGUGAUCAUCACUAAUUUUAGUUUGAAAGCUAAAGUUCAAUUUAUUGAAUGAAACUAACCAGUAUUCAUGUGUGCUCAGAAUACAAAAUAGAUACGUAAAUAACAUUCAAUCUAUGAAAAUAAUUUAAAUAGUAAAGAGGCAAAUAUCAUGAUUGCUUGACUACUAAUUUUUAUGAUGUAUGUCUUUGAAGCAAGAAAACAUGAUUUUAAUGUAAUUAGUUCCUGCCCAUGUCAUCAUUUUUAUCCAAAUUAGAAAUAGACAUAUGAAAUUUGGAUACAUAUAAUUUUUUUUUUGUUACAAAUCAUAACGCCAUCCCCACUUCACAAGGAAAACGGGUUGGUACGCAAAAGCCUCAUCCAAACCCAUGAGAAAUUAAUAGAGCAUCUCUUUCUCUCGGAUUUCGCCAAUCGCUUUUGCACCCCGCACGUACAACCUUCACACGUACAUGUUGGCAAAGGAUUGAUGGACGGAAGAGCUAUCAAAUGCCCUGCUGGGAAUUUAUUCAAAUUUCACAUCAACUGCAAAAACAAAAGAGAUAUAUACAAAUUACAAAAGGUCGCCGCUAAUUUAAAAUACAUUACUUUUCAUUUGGUAAAAAUUAGAUAAUUAAAAACAAUAAAGCAUUGGAAACAAACAAGAAAACAUGAUGGGCAUGCAUUUUCUUUUGUCCACCAUGUGAAGUAGAAAAGUAUGGAUUGUAUUUGUAAAAAAACAUACUCACACCAAGCAAUAAAAGAUGUGGAUGACAGGAUGAGAGGAGAAGAGAAGAGAAGAGAAGAGAAGAGGGCUCUCAUUUACUCCUCAAAAUUAUCACAACAAACAAAAUCAUUCUUCAUUGUCCCCAAAGAUGAACAAAAGACCUAAGGAAAAAUGGGCAAGUUGUAUAGAACCCAUCAAGCACUUCCCCAAAACAUUUUCCCAAACCCCAUUGCCACUAAUCAUGAGUUGUUUUCAGGGUCUCGGAUUUAAAAUUGAACGGAACAUACGAGUUAGGUUUUCAUUUGAUUGAAAAUAAAAGAAAACGAGGUUUACAAUGGGAAUAAAAAAUAAAUUAAGUCUGAUUUGAUUCUCGUAAAACAAGUAUUGCUGACUCGUUGAAGCAGUAAUAAGUCAAACAAGUAAGG